CAGUCUGCAGCGUUCCGGGUUAUUGUCAGUCUCGGCAGCUCGGCACAAGGGCAGGACCGCGUCCCGGAGCGGCCCGAAGCAGCUAGCCCUUUAUUCAGACCGAACCUUUUCUUAUUGGUUUGAACACCAAAGAGAGCAUCCUGGAGCACAGCUAUCGAGCAACUCCACAGCCUCAGCUGGAAAUCUGAGUCUGAAUCGGGAGGCGAGACAUCUGAGAGGCUGCCGACACCGCGGAGAAAGUGACGGACGGAGCAGAGCCUGAGCACCGGGAUUUUACACCGCGUCAGUUUCGGAUAUUUCAGGCAGCUGCUUUGGCCCAGCCUUGAUUUCUUUCAGGGUACCUUCAUACAACAUUGCCUCAAAAAUAAUACUAACAUUUAUAUCAUAAAAACCCUCUAAGGUCUAAAGUGAGCUUGCGGACCACUUUAUACCCAUGCGUAACAGCGGUGGAUUUUGGAAUACUGCGUAGCAGUUCAACAAUCCAGUUUUUCGAGUAACAUUUCUGUUAUUUGGAAAUAUCUACAAACAAAAAGAAGAGCACCAGGACCCUUUACUUCGUUCUGGGGGCUAAACGCUGAAAACCCGAGGCGCACUUGGUGCGCAAUUCUUCCGAGGACGCUCCUGAAAUUGCCGACCUGCGCUUUUGCCCUCGACAAAAAUUGGCAGCCGAGUCGAGAGAAAAAAGGCAAAGGCUUAUUAACUUUGCAUGCUAGAGGCUAGAGUGUGGAAUCUAAUUCGCAGGGUUAUACCGGUGUAUUUGCAUAUACCAUCGGAAGAGGAGGAUAAACUUAAUCACCGCUUUACAUCGACGAAGCAGCUUCUGGAUGUUGGAGAACAGAAUGAAUCUUUUUAAUUUGGACCCCAGAAGUAUGAGGCAGAUUGCUCAGUGAAUGCUACAAUCUGCAUGGAGUCCUAGUCUGCACUACGGAACAAUUUAUGGUUGGCCACAGAACUCCCCCGGCUGUAGUACCGUGCCCACCUCACAUGCUGGCUGUCUGCAGAGGAGGCAAAACCCUCCACCCAGCACCCAGUGUGUGCCAGCAAAACCCUGGAGCCCCUGCAAACCUCGGACGGAAAGUGAGCUGGUGGUGCCUACACACUCCCCACGCUACCCCACUGCAGCAGAACUUGACGCCUUUGCUCAGAAGACGGCCAACAACCCGCUGUCCAUCAAGAUCUUCCCCACUAACAUCAGGGUUCCCCAGCACAAGCACCUUAACCGGACUGUAAACGGAUAUGACACCACAGGGCAACGCUACAGUCCCUACCCUCAUAUCCACACAGGGGGUUUCCAUGGCCUGCUCGCCAUUGUCAAGACCUCCUCAUCAUCCUCAUCAUCUACCUUUGUUCCUUCGAAAGGUGUUCUUAAAAACUCAGACGGCAGACGGACUAAGCUCUCUCCAGCCCACAUAGCUGUCGCCCCAUACCCACCCCCUAGUAGUAGCACUUUAGCCAGUGGCCACGGCCAAAUGGUCUACCACACGGGGCCCUCGAAGCCUCCAGAAGGCCCUGGACUGUCAGUUCCCCCCAAUGUCACUGUAGCUGGCUCAGUGAUUCCUGUAACAGGGGGCCGAGGCCUGGCCCUGCCCGCACAGUCCAACCUCCCCUCCAUCCAGAGCAUCAUCUACCAGAUCAACCAGCAUUGCCAGGCCCAGGCUUUGCAACAGGUGUGCCAAGGGGCCGCCGCCACUACUGCACCGUCAAACUCCAGUCCCUCCAAGCAGGGCACGACUAUCAUGGGGCUCUCUUCAAGCUCUUCAGGGGGAGGCUAUGUGGUGGGAAUGGCUCCCCAGGCUAAUAUGGUGUAUGCAGGGCCUGGGCUGCCAGCUCAUAGUGCAGAGGCGAUGAAGAGUGGGGUGUAUGCAGAUGGUAUGGACUAUAUCCUUUGGCAGAAGCAGCAACAACAACAACAACAACAACAGCAACAGCAGCAACAAGCUGUGCUUCGUAUGUACAGUGGAGGAAGCGGAGGAGGGGGCGCCAUCAGCAAGUCCCCCGAAACUUGUGUUCCAGGUGGAGGGAUCAUGGUGGCCCAAAUGUCCUCCUCUUCCUCCAGACCUUACCACCUGACAGUGAGCGCCGGUGGAGGAGGAGGUGGGAUGGAAAAAGUCACCUCCUCCCCUUUGAACUGUGUGGGCAUGCAUGGAAAUUUCUCAGUGGGUCAAUACUUUGCCCCACCAUGGAACAGUGUGCUGGUGACACCCGACAGUGACUGCUACAACCCCCAGGAGCUUAUGGGUACCUCCACAGGGGGGCCAGUGACUGGGCACAGAGAGAUGGGCUAUCCCCACCACCAUCACCACUACCACCAUCAUCAUCACCCUGCCAUAGACAGCGGGGGAGGUUUAUGCUGCAGCCUGCCCAGCAAAAGCAUGUGCAACACGUCGGUGCUGAGCAGCAGCCUACAGUCCCUGGAGUACCUGAUCAACGACAUCCACCCGCCCUGCAUCAAGGAGCAGAUGCUGGGCAAAGGCUACGAGACUGUGUCAGUGCCACGUCUAUUAGACCACCAGCAUGCACACAUCCGCCUCCCAGUUUACAGAUAGAGGAGGAAGGAGAGGAAGAGAAUCAAGAGAAGAAAAUCAAAGUUUAAGAACAGAGAUGUUUUUUUCCCGAGUGGCACUGCUUUAACAAAUUGUGAGAGCUUAGAGAAGAGCAGGUGUUGCUGUGCUGUGUGACCAUAGGUGUGAUGGUUUCAAGGAAAGCAGUGGAAAUCCCAAAUAUAAACAGUGGUCGAGAUGCCAGUGGGAGAGAAAAGGGAUUUCAAGAUUCUCCAGAUGUUCCAUUGUGUGGUUUGCCAAUAGGAAUUUUGGAUUGAUUUAUUUUUUCUUCUUUUGUUUUUGUUGUUUUUCUUGCCUGGACAUUUUUGAUGAGAAUCAUAGGUUGAAAUGAAGUGCAUACACCAUUUGUAUCCCCUUUCCAAAUACUAAGAUGAAGCUACUGUGUAGGUUGUCACUGAAAUGGUCUUAAAAGGGCCGAUGUUUAGGGCUGCUCUCGGGAUCCAAAACUCUGUAACACAGUUCUCUCACACAUAGACAAACACAUAUAGAAACACAGAUGUACUGAUUCAUGAGGAUAAAUUAUAGGUGGUACUUUGGUGGAAAUGUACAAGUAUCAUAAGGUUGAAUUAAAAGGAUAGUACAAAUAUUAGUUAUUAUUGCUGUUUUAAUUGAUACAUAAAUUGCACUGCUUGAAUCUUGUUAACUUUGAAGUUUGGAAUUGGGUAGUUUGGAUAUGAUAUAUUUAAGAAACUUGAAAAACUUGAACCUAUUUUUUGUUGUUUUAUAUAUUUGUAGGUAUAUUAUAUGCAUCGGCUGCUAUGGGGAAAAGUGUCUCAAAUGCUUUUUUUAUUUUAUUUUUUUUCCAGUUUUGUUUUUAUGAUUUAAUAAUUCCUCCUCAAGCUGAUGUGCAGUUUCUUAUGUCCUGGUGUGAGGCAUAGUCGCUGCUUUGGUUCUGUAAGAACCUUGUUUGGAGAGCUCUCUUUUCCUAACCAACACUGGAAUCUACAAUACAUCUUGAAAUACUUAUUUAAAAAGAAAAUGUUGCAAAAAAAAAGUACAAGAAAACGAAAUGUUACAAUGAAGAAUGUGACUGGGAGGUUAGCUACAUAACCUUAUGUGUAUGUUUCUGCGUGUAUGUGUCCGAGUGCAUGCGCGUGUGUGCAUUUUUUUUUUUUUGGUUUGUCUUCUUCAAAAUCCUCAGACUUUUUUUCAUUUGUAUUAUUAUAAGAUUUUAUACCACUAAGACUGAAAACUGAUUCACUAGUCCCAUAAAGAUCAUAUCUGAGAAAUGUACCGCAGAUAUUUUGAAAACUUGCUCCAUGUUUUUGGAGGUUUUGUUAUUCUCAGAGCUAGAGUAGAGAUCAUUUCUCACACAACUACUGUAGUUUCAGUGCUACAUCCUACUUCUGUCUAAAGUUGUCAUGAUGACAGAAAGAGGUGGGAACAAAUGGAAGUCCUAUUUAAUCCUGCAGACAAAAACAAAAUGAAAACAAUCAUGCCCUGUCCUCUGGCAUCAGAUGAAACGGGACGAGGCUCACUGCUUUUUCUCGUCCAUUUCAGCCCCAGGUUGGGAUUUUAUUCAGCCUGGGCCAGUCUUAACUUGAUGAUUCAGAGCAGUGAAAUAUUUAUUAUGACUGUGAGAUUCCCUUGAAUGUACUGCACUUAAAUUACUGCAAUGUUUUAUUGCCUUGUGGGACUCAAGUGAAAGAGAAAAAAUUGGAUCAGUGCAGCAGUCCUCUGGUCUUAAAUUAGCAUUUCUUUUGUCCGUCAAAUUUCAAUGCUAAAUUGAAUUUGGUAACUGUAGUGAGAGAGAGAGAGCUGGAGCUUUCUUGUGGGGAAAUACUGGCAUCAGUUGAGAUUUAUGAAGUGCAAUUAUUAUGACUGUAUUAACAUUUUUCUCUGAGCUUACACCAAAAAAUGUAAACUACAGUUGUCAAUACAUUCCCAAUGUACCACAUCCCUAAUCCCUCUCCUUUUUGUUUUGAGGUGUAAAAUAAAUUUCUUUAAGAAGAUAUUCAGGCCACAUUUUGGCUUCGAAGUCUGUCAUUAUUUUUUAACGUUUGUCCUCUAGAAGUCAGGGGUAAUUUGACCCGUGUUUCAGCAAGUCAGUGAGAUCCAGAGAGGAACGUGAUGCAUAUUGUAGAUGAUUCACUGACCUCAAAGAACCCAAGUUUUUUCUAAUUGAUCAUCCUGUAAAUGUUUACACUUUGGCCAUCCAAAGAUAGAGGUCAGGGAGAGUUGCAGAAAAUGAAAGAUUUACUGAUGAAGAUAAAAGGGACAAAGGUGCAGGCAGAAAAUAUGUUUCUUUGACCAUGUGUUUUCCAUAAACAGACCUUUUCAACCAUUACUUAAUCUAAACUAUAAGCCUAAAUGUAUGAGCUGUACGUGUUUAUAGACACAUUGCUGUCUUUGAAGGCUGACAAAGAUUCCAGUCAAAAGAUACCCAAGCCCCCUUUGGCUUAAAUUUGCACAGUAAGCCUCCUUAACAUUCCAGUGAAAAUUUUUCAUGUUGUUUCAACAGCUUAAUACCCUAGCCACAGUGUGAUCCCAGCAUAUUUUCUGUCUUGUAGAAAUAUUUUGACAGAUUUACAGAUACGUCCCGUCCCUAAAUCCCCUCAGUUUGGCUUCUGCAUCCGAGCAUUAAACCCUGUCACAUGAUGUUGAAGUGAAGGGAGACACUUGAGGCACUGGAGUUUCUGGUGUCUGGCCUCUCCCACCAGUGGAGGUCUGAGGCACCAGGCCUCUCCGCUAAUGGGAAUAUUGGGUGACGGCUGGCUGCUGGACACUGCCAGUGGAUAGAAUUCAUUCAGUCAGAGGGUUGAAAUCGAACCUUUUUCACAUAGCAAGGGAUUUUCUAUUAGGUAUGGAGUGUAUCUGACCAUUUUGAGAGUAGUCCAACUGAACAAAACAGAUGACAUUAAAGCAAAUUUCUAGAAAAAUUUCUAGCAGAUGUGUUUUAUCUAAAGUAUAAUUUUUUUGUGUGUUACUUUUAACAUCCUUUCUUUGCAUCUAAAUGUUCUUCUGCAUGGGCUCCAAUCUGUCUUUACCUCUGCUCCUUUAUACAUCAAUGAGCUCCCACUGACGGGGAGCAUCUCUGCCCUGCGACUCUGGCCCAUUCCACAAUUCCCGAUUUGGACAAUGGACGCUUAGCCCCAUAUUAGGAUAAUAGAAUUAAAUUUCAAAUAGAUUUGUGCCUGAGCUGAUCCAUGCAUGGCUCACUCAGCUGCAGAGGCAGAGUGGCAUAUGGCACGUCAUUAUCUAAGCCCCCCUUCCCCCCUGUCCGGGGCCAACAGGGUUCACCAGUGCUUAAACAAACUGAAGGUUAGGACUAGCUGGCUGGCGUUGAAGGGGAGGACAGCAGGGUUUGUAAAAAAAGGGGGGAAAGGGGGGGUGAGUUGAUGGGUGGGUUGCUAAAUCACAGCCUCCACAGCGUCUCAGAGGGCCUCAGCACCGCACCAUGGCGCCUGUGCUCGGAGGCCUGCUUUAAAAGCCGGGCUGUGUUUGAUGGAGGGGAUUUGUUUUCUGUUGGAUUAUACAUGGUUGCUCCCUGCCUGGCUGAGGGGCCCCGUGCAAUGUGACAGAUCUCUGCAAAAAAGACAGAAAGAGGGAGAGAGAGAGAUACAGGGAGGGAUUUUGGGGUCAGAGAAGCCUCGAAGCAUCAGUAAUCAGGAUAAUUGCCAUGUUCCUGGUGCUGGUUUCAGCCGCCCCUCCUCGGCUCUGCGGCCUCAUAUUCAUAUUCAAGCUCUGAGGAAAUCAAAUUCCUCACUGAAACCGCUCCUUUUGCCUGAAUUUACUAAAUUCUACAAAGUAACAUCUUCAUUUGUGAUUACAUUUUUUGUUCUUAAAACAUAUUUAGCUGCCCAGGAAAUGAUAAAUUACACCAUCUGAGCUCAUCUGAAGGAGGGCAUUAGAUCUAUAACUUAUCUGGGAGGCUUUACACUAUUGACUGUUAACACAUCUUCAAGGGCGAUGAGACGCUUACGAGGCUGGCCUGAGGGCAAAGAGGAGGGGAAUUGACUUAUGCUGGUUGUAAAAAUCCCUUAGUAAAUCCCAAUAAGUCCAUGUGGACCUUUACCUAGUGCAAAGGUCUGGUCGCAUAUUGUGCUCCUUAAAUACGACUGAGGAGGAAGGACAGAAGACAGGCCCGUUCAGAGCGAGGUCAGCCUGUUUCACUCCAACAACACUGAGAAGAGAAGGGAGGGACAGAGAAAAUAAAGGCAGCUGCUCGCUCUGCAGAGUCCUGGCGCUGCUUCUCUAACCUACAGAUGACAAAGGGGGGUGGGCAGGGGGAGGAAAGAUGGGGAGAGGGGCGUCCCCUCCACGACGCUUUGGUCAACCUCAGUCCUGUCCCCUGGCUGCCCUUGGGCCCCUGAGGCUCUCAAGUCAGAGUCCUUCCCAGCAUCCCUCUUCAGCGUCUGCAGCAGAUAAAGUCCUCUCUGCUUGGCUCCUACCUAGCAAGAAAAUACUUUAAUCAAUAAUACAGAUAGUCCUGAGGAGGCUUGUAGAGUUUACCCAGCAGCCUUAGGGCUGUGUUGCCCAAUGUCAUUUAAAGAUUUGCUGUGUGUCAGGCACAUUUUAAUCUCUUUAGUGCAACUGAAUAAAACUGGAAGGGCUGCACUUGAGCAUCAUAGGAUCUAAAGUUUGUUCUUAGCAUUUACCGAAAAAAGGUAAAAAUCAUCACAGAUCACAAAAUAAAUCGGGAUUUUACUCUGAAAGGCGCAGCUCUAGAGACCUUCUCUAAGAGCUCAGUGCAGCAGGUUGUAAUUCCCGGAGCUUACAGCUUUUUAUUUCUUCAGCAUCACAACCAUGUAUGUUCAGCUGAAAAAGCUUAUGGCCUCCAAAUAUUCAUCUCGUUUACGUGCCGGGUUUAUUGCUGUAUCCAAUCCAAACACAAAAGUCUGGGGAUUUUGCCUUUUCUUUUUAUUCCUGUUUCCUUUUUCAAUGUUUGUGUGUCUCUCAGAAUGUUCCUGUGGACAAACAGGGCUGUUUUUCCCAGAAUGAUCUCAAAUGCACCGACGCUGCCAAAGUCUGAGGGUGCUGCAACCUUGAGAAAAUCAUAUAUAUGGAAAUGGGAAAUCUAUAAAGCAUCUCUCUUAUUGUUCUCCCUGCAGUGUUGUAUUUAUGUUUAAGAAAUAAUUUUGUCUCCUCAGGAUGAAAAAAUGUAAAGAAUACCUUGCUUUUUCUUUUGGAAGAUGAUAAUAUAUGAGUUAGAUUUCGACAAAAGAAGUCUGAAUAUAAAAAGAGCUGUAAAAUCCUUUAGUCGUGGGGUUUUCAACUUUUGAAUGUGCCUACAGCCAAGCAUCCCAGUGAUUGCUUACCUUCUCCCCCCUCUGCAGUUCUGCAAUCUUCCCCUAAUCUCCCCUCAACCAUCAUCUUCAAUUUGCUCAAACUGCCACUGCCCCCCCCCCCCCCCCCCCUCCCCCCCCAUCCCAACAACCACACCAGAUAUUUUGUCUGUUCCCUGCUUUUGUCAAUCUCAGGACUGAAAUUUCUUUAUUUUAAUGUAGAUGGUUGGUUUUUAUUUCACCUCUCCUCCCUUAUGUAUUAUUGUUUGACAUAAGUAAAUAAAGCAGAUGACUUCCA